AUGAAUUCUGAUCUGUCCUAUAUAUGCCACGUACCAACGACAGAGACUAAUAUUACAGUUCCUGCGCCUGCUACGCCUCAUUUGAAAGAGAAAGGGUUGCUGCUUGUUCAGGAGACGUUUGGGGACGGUAAUUGCUUCUUUGCAUUCAAUAUCCAGGCAGGCUACUGGACAGUUGGAUACUGUUUUGGAGACAAGGUUAUACAAUUUCAUGAAGAAGAUGAGGACUUUUUCAGUGGCAACCACAAACCUCAAAUACCGGAUCAUGUGUAUGUUUUGGGAAAGUUCCCCAAUGUGCCACCUUACAAGAAGGUCAUGAUCAAGAACCAAAUGAAACAAAAGGUUGUACUUGACUCUAACGAUUACUCGAUAUUUGACGGCGAGUUUAGUUAUUUUGAGGAUAAUCAAAAGUAUCUCAAACACACUCUUGCUGGUGAGAUCUGUGAUCUUACCUUGAAGCCAAGAACGAUUGACAUUGUUUACAAAUGUGACGAAAAUGUGGGACUUUUAGAGUUUCAAGAGAUAAAGACUUGUCAGUAUCAAAUGGUUAUUGGUGUUCCUAGGCUAUGUGAAAUUGAAGAUUUCCGAAAAGCUGAGGAAGAUGUAGUAGAUGUUAAUUGCAAGGCAAUAGAAGGGAGUUUUGAAAAACUAGACUUGAACAAGUAUCAAUUACAGCCACUUGGAGGAGGGUUAUAUAUAGGCCAGAAAUCACCAUAUCCAAACAUUGCUGUAUCCAUAAACGAAUUGAACAUCACAAGCUUUGGCGAGUCAUUUUUCUCGUCAUUGGAGAAAAUUCCUUCACCAGACUCGAUGUCCUUGAAAUGGACAGAUUCGUUCAUCUAUUGGAUAAAUCUAUAUGAUAUGUUUGGCAAUCAUCAGGGACUAUUUAGAAUUGAACGUGAUGGAUCACUCCUGAACCAUCAAAUAGGUAUUGAGAAAGUUGAGGGUGACAAAGUACAGGCAAACUUUGAGUAUUUUAUGAGGUGA